ACUGCCCACUCAGUCGACGAUAUAUCGCCGCGCUGGACGCACUGAAGUAGCUACGAGGUACGAGCUCCGCUUCGUCGACCUUUCUACGUGGGUUAGCUUAAAACAAAAGUCGCCUGCGCAGCCGGCGCGCCUGGAAAGUGUGUGUGUGUGAAAAUGUUGUGAAAUGUCCGAGUUCUGAAUCAGUUCAAAGGCAGUGUGGAAAGUGCAUUAGUUGCUUAGAAAUCCCAAGGCUAAAAAGUGUUAAAAGUUAACUCCCAGAAAUGCACACACGCAUACCAAUGCAACCGAAAAGUUGAGCGACGAUCAUUCAUUACUGCUUCUUCUUCUCUUUGCGACGUGUUUCGCUUACCUGUCAAAACGCGCGUGUAUUAGUGGGCUCCAUCGCUCCCUCUCACUCGCUCUCCCUCGAUUUGCACAUGCAAAAAGGCAGCGGCAGCAGCAACAACAACAAGAACCACAAGAACUUCGCCUGAGAGCUUUCAAGUCGAAGUUCUUGGCGUCGCCGUUGGCGGCGGCAGCGCAUUCGGCGGAGGCAGCGCAGCGGCAGAGAACCACUCGUACAGGUUUCAGAUAGGGAGAAGAACACGCCCAUAACGAAUCCUUGAGUCAUGGAUUGUAGCAGAAGAAAAAUAAAAGUUGGCCUAAGUGAAAUGGAUUUAUAAAACUAGUUAGAACUCGUUGGAUCUCAAUUGGACUGUUAUCGUAAUGCUGUACAGUAAAACAUGGCAAAGUCGACACUUUAUGCUGCUGGGGUGACCUGUCUGGGCUUUGUUUGCUUCGCCUUGGCAUCCGUGGCCAUUGGCAUACCCAUCUGGGGUUACUACGAUAGUCCCUCGGGCGGCUAUGACUACGAUCGAGGUUAUUUCGGACCGUUUAAGGUCUGCAAGCAAUUGACGUACAACCGCGAGAAAUGCGGCAACGAUGUAUCAAAGUUUAGGUUAAGCAAUGCAGUUUUCGUCAGUGGACUUUUGGCCAUUGGCAGCUCAGCCGUGCUGGGCAUCUUCUGCAUUCUGUCGGUCAUUCAACACGCGAUGAUCUCAUCCAGGGAGAAGGUGGUAAUGCCCUACACAACUCUAGUGAUAGUGAAGUUAAUGUUGGCGUUGCUGGGAGGUGUACUGGCCAUCAUAGCGACGGUUUUGUUUGCUCUGCAAAUCGAUGAGCAGGAGCGCUUUGGCUUCAAGAUAUCGCGGGGCGUUUCCUUCUAUAUACAGAUCGUGGCGAUCGUUUUAACCAUCGCCCUGUUUGUGGCCGCCCUCUACGAUGUGAUCUACUCACGCAGUCCCGGCGGAGAUCCCACGAUGGCGCUGGAUGCCUCUUCUCCUGGCAGUGCCACCACGUUCAACAAUCCGGGCUUCAAGGAGCCGCGCAGUCGCAACGGCGUCUCGGUGACGGACGCCUCCGGAAAGCCGUACAGUGGCAUCCGGAAUGGAGCGGGAACGGCGGGCAGUGUGGCCUCCAUGAGCACCACGGUGACCAGCGUCUCCAAUGGGUCCACCCUCGACUCGGUGACCCGAUCGCCACUGCGGUCGAGCCUGAAAAAACCAAGACCUCGGCCGGAUCCAACGCUGGGCAUUCAGAAUCCCGGCUAUUCCGGGUCCGGCAGUUCGCCUCCGAUGCGCCGAAAUGGAAGUGUCAAGAAAGUCCGAAUUCAGACGCACAGCACCGAGGUGUAAGAUGGUUUCAAUCACUUAGACUAAAGUUCUUCAACAAACAAGCAAACGAAAAAAGAAAACAAAAAUAUACAAAGACUGUGUACAGUAGCAAAAAAGACACAAAGAAGAGUGGAGAUGAGAAACUUUUGUAGGUGUCUCUCGUUUAUUAAUUAAUAACUCCCAACCGCAAAUUGAAAAUUCAUUUUCAUUUGUCUUCCAAGAAGGAUGCAUAUUAUUCGUUUGGCCUAGGCCACAAUUUCUGUAAGCAACGGUUUCCGUCCACGGGCAAGGCAAGAGUAUUUAAUUCGAAUGGAAUUCCCCAGAAGUAUUUGAUUUUCUAUAUACCUCCCCAAGUGCCCUUCAGACCACGCCCAGUCUCCCGCACUUCGAAAGGAAUUGUGCACGAUAACACUGGAGUACCAACCAACAUAUAAUUAAUUUGCAAUAUUCUUAUUUAACAGAAACAAAGUAAACUUAAGCAUUAUAAAGCAGCAUUUGUAAAAUACAUAAAAAUCAAAGCGACACAAAUUGUUAUUUAUAAUUAAGCUUAAGUCAAGGCGAAACGAGCGAGUUUCAAAUAGAAUCGAUAUCUGUAUGUUAUUGUUAGAGGUACUUUAUAUUAAAAGCGUUAUUUAACGGAAAUUAAUAAUUGUUGCGCUAAGAUUUCACUAUUAAAGACACUUAGAUUAAUGGCUAAGCUUGUUUGUUUAGUUUUUGUAAUUUAAUUGAAAAAUGUGUUUCAUGUUUUUCGCUGUAAGCUAAGGAAAUACUAAAUAAAAGCAAAAAAUAAA